AUGCGAGAAAUGAGUGCUACAGCUCACAGGACUCCUAAAUCAGGGAGGCAGUCUCUGCUCUUUCAGGAUUUAGCUUCUCCUGUUUCAGCACGCAGAGGCAAAUUCUCCAGCCCGGGGCAAGCAGCUGCGGUAUCUGCGCUAUGGCGUGAGAAUCUCGGAGGAUCGGAUCUUCCGCCGCCUCCGAUGAGUUUUUUGGAUGACCGGUCUGAUUUCUCUCCCGAGUCGGGCAUUGCGGACUACUCGGUGUCUCCGGACGUCAAGUCCGACAGAAGGACGCCGUUCCAGAGCUCUGGGAAAAAUAUUGUGACUCCUGGUAAAGGAAAGCUAGAGGCAAGCCCGUCUUUCUCUCUGCUGAGUGGUGCACAGCAAAGUCAGCAGGUUUCGGGGAGCCCGACUUGGUGGUCGCAGCCAAAGGCGGGUAGUAGCACCGAGCAGGAUGAUAAAGGGAAGGGUUCCCCUGUAGAAGGUGUGGUUCAGCCAGGUGCUUUGGUCACUCUUCCCCCGCCGAGAGAAGUUGCUAGGCCAGAGGUUCAGAGGCAAGUUAUACCGACGGGAAACCUUGAAGAGGAAGAGUGGGUCACUGUCUAUGGAUUUUCUCCAGGUGAUACAAAUUUGGUUCUACGAGAGUUUGAAAAGUGUGGUAUGAUCUUGAAACAUGUUCCUGGUCCAAGGAAUGCCAACUGGAUGAACAUCCUCUACCAGAACCGGUCUGAUGCACAGAAGGCUCUGAGCAAAGCCGGGAUGAUGAUAAACGGAGUGGUAAUAGUAGGAGUGAAGCCCGUAGAUCCGAUACAGAGGCAAGCGUUAAACGAAAGACUGAACAACCAAGGAUUCAUGCCUUUACCUCCACCAUCAUCCACUAGGGACUCUGAGUUUAACACAGCGAGGGCCUCUUCUCGUCCUCACUACUUACAAAACGGAAGCGCCUUCUCGCCUCAACCAGGUGCCGGCGCCAUGGCCACUCCAUCGAAGUCGAUGGUCUCAAAAUUCUUUGACUUGAUGUUCGGUAGAGUGGUCGUGCCUCGUGCAGAACAGCCACCGUUACGACUUGAAAUUAAUUUAAAGACACUGAUUACAUGGAACCUGAAAGACCUCACGGGCUGUUUUCAUUUUGUGACUAGACUCUACAGAGAGAGAGACAAAAUGGCGAAUGCAACAGAGCUGAAACUAAACUCUCAAACUGUAGCGGAGACGAAGCUUGAUAUCCGCGAUGUGAUCACCACAGCCACCACCACCUACGGUGAGGGUAACCGUCACGGAGGCAGACGCAACGACGUGGCAGUGGUUGUGUUAAGAGCCAUGUGCAUGGCCGUAUCGGCGGUGGCUGUGUCGUUGAUGCUGACAGCCCGUGAGACUAGCAUGACCACUCUCUACGGCUUUGAGUUUCAGCUCCACGCCGUCUGGACUCUCUCAGAUUCCCUAAUAUAUCUGGUGGUGGUUUCAUCGGCGACGGUUCUUUACUCAGUGCUCCAACUAGUUAUAAGUGGAACAAGACUGAUGAGGAAGAUUCCGGUGAUUCCGACAAGAACACAAGCAUGGUUUUGCUUCGUUGCGGAUCAGAUAUUGGGGUAUGCGAUGGUGAGUGGAGCAUCCGCGGCUUUAGGAGUGACGAAUAUGAACAGAACAGGAAUCAGACACAUGCCUCUUCCUAAUUUCUGCAAAUCUCUCGGUUUCUUCUGUGACCAUCUCGCUGUCUCCGUCGUCUUCGCCUUGUUCGGGUUUCUCCUCCUCGCCGCGUCCUCUGUUCUCGACGUUCUCCGCCUCUCACGCGACAGCUGAAACAAUAUUACUGUUUUACCCUUUUGUACUUUUCUCUAUUCCUACGUCUGAUGUUUUUUCAUCAUACAAAAAUCAUGUUAUGUGUGGUUUUUGGAAUUUGUUUGUUUCAAUCGAUGUCAGCGAAUCUUCGAAUUCCAAAGUUUUGAAUUUUGUUGACUGAGUUCCAUAUUAAACGACAAAAA